AUGCGCAGAACGCUACAAACAGCUACCAUCGGCUUGGACUGGCUGAUCAAGAGCAACGUCAAGGUCAUGCCCGAUGCCAAUUGGCAAGAGAAUGCCGACAAGCCAUGCGAUACUGGCAGCCCAAUCUCCGUCAUGGAAGAAGAGUUUCCAGGCUACGAUUUCUCGGCUGUUGAUCCAACUUAUCCUGAUAAAACGACGGAUCUCUCCUCCAAUCCUUAUGCGUUCACCCAGAAAGCCAUCCUCGCACGCGGACAGUCCUGUCUAAGGGCGCUAUACGAUAGACCGGAGAAGGUCAUCGCCGUUGUCUCGCAUUCGGGCUUUUUAAGAACUGCCGUCUGCAAUCGCAUGUUCUUCAAUGCCGACUGGCGCGUUUUCACCUAUGAUGAGGAUGCCAUGGCCAAGAAUGGAGGGACUAGGUUCAUAUUGAAAGAAUCAGAGGAAACAGAAAAGAAGGGCGGCGGCAUGGGUCGCAGUGACGUCGGUGUUUUUGGCAUCGUCGAGGGAGAUUUUCCAUCUGAAGUACAGGAUCAGCUAAAGGAUCAUGAGGCAGAAGAUCCAGUGAAGGUCGGGGCGCUGGAUGAAGCCAAUAAGCAGAAACCCUCAUGCUGA